AGGGCUGCAGGGAAAAGGAGAUGAGUCGGGAUCCCCAAGCGUCCCCCGCUAUCGUACGGGAGCCCCAGCCGGUACGAGUCACUCCUGCCGCGAGUGAACCGGGUCCGAAUCAGCGAAAGGAAGGGCUGAAAAGAAUCACCACCCUCCUCCCCCCGACCCACCCCAGGCCAGGGAGUAGAACGGGGUGGGGGAUAGGAGUGCAGUCCCCCAACUCACCCGCCGCUUUUCCUUCCUUCUUUCUCAAUGCGCUUGCGCCUAGUGCCGCCGGGGCUUCUGGGGCUUGUGGUCCAUCCUCCGCACGCAUGCGGCUGACAACUUCGGCGCCUUCUCCCUCGCCUCCAGCCCCCAACUCCCUCAGGGAUCUGUCCCCUCUGCCUCGCUCACAGGCUCAGCCUCUCCCGCCUCGCUACUUGCAGGGAGGGGCGGUCCGGGGACAUGUUUCCCGCACAGGCACCUCCCCCUACCCUCCGGACUUCAACUCCCAGGGAUCCUCGCCUCAAAGCCAGCCCCGGAAGCGGCUUAUAUCAUCGGAAGUGACGCGUGAAGCAGACAGGUGGAGGGAGCGGGUGAAAAUGGCUGAAUAUUUAGCGUCGAUUUUCGGGACAGAAAAGGACAAGGUUAACUGCUCUUUUUACUUUAAGAUUGGGGCUUGCAGGCACGGGGACCGGUGCUCCCGGCUCCACAAUAAACCCACAUUCAGUCAGACCAUCGUGCUGCUCAACCUGUACCGGAACCCUCAGAACACGGCCCAGACAGCGGAUGGAUCCCACUGUCAUGUCAGUGAUGUAGAGGUGCAGGAACAUUAUGACAGUUUCUUUGAGGAGGUGUUCACGGAGUUGCAGGAAAAGUACGGGGAGAUCGAGGAGAUGAACGUCUGUGACAACUUGGGGGACCACCUAGUAGGGAACGUCUACGUCAAGUUCCGGAGAGAAGAAGAUGCAGAACGGGCGGUGACCGAGCUCAACAACCGCUGGUUCAACGGGCAGGCUGUGCAAGCUGAGCUCUCUCCCGUCACGGACUUCCGGGAGUCAUGCUGUCGGCAAUAUGAGAUGGGCGAAUGCACCCGGGGUGGUUUCUGCAACUUCAUGCACCUUCGGCCCAUCUCCCGGGACCUUCGAAGGCAGCUGUAUGGACGCGGCCCGAGAAGAAGGAGACCAUCACCCACAAGACUCGGAGGGGGACACCGCCCUCGAGAAAGGAACAGGAGGCGAUCUCCAGACCACCGCCAGGGACGCUUUUGAGGCCCCCGACGCUGCUGCAAUAGCGCCUCUCAGAUCCCUCCCCAGGACACCUGCUGCUGUGGUCUUCCCCUCCCCUGCUUCUCUUCCACAUCCAGACUUUGGGGACCCAGGGACCUCGUGGUCCCUCCAUUUCUCUUCAAGGAACACAGGAGGAGCAGGAAUCCCCUGCCUUCUUCCCCCAAUAAAAUUUCUUGUCUGUC